CUACUUUCAAUUGAUAUUGAUAAACAGCAAUACUUUCGACUGUCAGUUGUUGUUUUGGCAGUUCGUAUAUACUAGGAACGUUUAUUUUGAUGUAAAAAUACGCUACAUGGGAUUAACAACAUGUAGAAUUUGUGUUUUCACCAUUAUCUUUACUCAUAUUCAUGAUAUUUUCAACUGAUGUAAAAUAAUGAUGCUGAAUGUCUGCUAUGAAAAUAAACAAUAUUCCUUUCACAGUGUCCAUACCAUUACUUGGUAUAGGAGCACUCACUCUCCUACUCAGUCUAAUCUUUUGCUGUUAUAUGUGGAAAUUGAAAAGACAGGGUGCAUAUGAAAGAGGUUACAAACAGGUGACUUAUUCUCCACAAAAGAAAAUCUUGCCAAAUGACACUUGUCCAGUUUGUUUAGAAGAUUUUAAAUCCAAUGAAAAAUUAGCUAUUUGUCCUUGUAAGCAUGGAUUUCAUCAGAGAUGUUUGAGUCAAUGGUUACAUAGAAAGAAUACCUGUCCACUGUGUAAAGCAAAGGUGCAGCCAUUUUUAGGGGAGCGAACUGGUUUAGUGCCUUUUGCAGUGACCACCCUAUGAUAUUGGAGAAAAUUAAUACUAUAAAGCAUCUGUUGAUAAAAAAAAGUAAAGAACAAAGUUGAGUAAAUGCAACAUGGAAAUAUAAUAUAAAUAAUUUGUUUAAUUUCCGAUCUCGUAUUUAAAUUUUAAACCACAUGUACAGACUUAGAAAUAUGACAUCACCAGUCUAUUAAAGGACAUUUUUCACUGACAAGGAGCCGGUCUAUAAACCACUGUGGAAUUUAUGUGUACCACUAUAUUCAAACCAUAGCAAUGAGUAUACAUGUAUAUUCAAAACAAACCAGGGUUCAGUACUCUGAUUGUCAAAUAUUAUGUUUAUUCCUAUAGCUAUGAGUAUAUUCAAACCAAACCAGGAUUCAGUUCUCUGAUUAUCAACUAGUGUGUUUAUUCCUAUAGCAAUGAGUAUAUUCGAACCAAACCAGGAUUCAGUAAUCUAAUUGUCAAAUAUUAUGUUUAUUCCUAUAGCAAUGAGUAUAUUCAAACCAAACCAGGAUUCAGUUCUCUGAAUGUCAACUAUUAUUUUUAUUCCUUUAGCAAUGAGUAUAUUCAAACCAAACCAGGAUCCAGUUCUCUGAUUGUCAAAUAUUGUGUUUAUUCCUAUAGCAAUGAGUAUAUUCAAACCAAACCAGGAUUCAGUACUCUGAAUGUUAACUAUUGUGUUUAUUCCUAUAGCAAUGAGUAUAUUCAAACCAAACCAGGAUCCAGUUCUCUGAUUGUCAAAUAUUGUGUUUAUUCCUAUAGCAAUGAGUAUAUUCAAACCAUGUCUGGAUUCAUUUCUCUGAAUGUCAACUAUUAUCAGUAUCCCUAUAGUAAAACUACCAGUAUAAUCAAACCAAGCUGGGAUUUAGUGCUCUGAAUGUCAACUAUUGUGUUUAUUUCUGUAGUAACUAACACUGACUGACUGACCAACUGGAUACAGUUUAACAUCUGCUUCCACAUUAACAUUUUGAUUGUGAUUCUUAUAGUUAGUGAAGAAAAAAGCCAAGUACAUGUUUAAAAGGAGGAUGGUUGUGAUCUUGAACUGCUUAUGAUAAAAAUGUGAUAAUAUUCGCUUUAUAAACUAGAAUGACUCUAUCUAAUAUCAAUAUCAUAUAAGAAACAUAUUAUAGGAAGUAUGAAUCAACGAAAAUAAAUUAUUUCUUGAUGAUAUGAUAUAAUCAAUAUUUUAUUCCAAUAGUAUAUAUGCAUGUGACUAUAUCUGUCAUUUUUAAUAACUUAGGCCAUACAAAAAAAGAAACUGAUUGAUUAAGUGAUGUGUCAUUAUCCAAGAAUCAAAAUGUUUUUUUUUAUAUGACCUUAAUUACACUAUGCUUUUACUUGUAGACCUACAUUUAUUCUAUCUUUGUUGAUAAACUCACUUUACUAUGAAGGCUGCGGCAGUGACAUUUGAGGUGAUUGAAAAAGUCUUUUCCUAUGGCAACAAAUAUAUAUUUAAUUGAAAGAAUGUAACUUCCUUAAAAUAUUAAAAGGGCUUUAUGGGAGAUUAGAUCAAGAGAUGACAUUUCUCACUAUAAUAAUUAAAAAUAGAUAAUGUAAAGAAAAUAUGUUGAAAAUUUCACUCAAAUUGCUUCACUCUGAACAGGGAUAUUAGCGAUUGAAUUUUAGACCUAGCCUCGAUCAUCAUUACUAAAGUCGGUACGAUAAAAAACAAAUUCUUGGUUAUCCAUUUUGACGUUAAAUCAUCCAUCGCAAAAUGUAUUCAAAUUCAGUAAACAUCGCAGGGUAGCGAUGGCAUCGAAAGUUGAUUAUAGUCUGGAUAAGUUAAUUAAUGUGUCGUCAGUACAUGUAUAUGAUGAAUCCUAUUGAUUUUCAGACAAUUACUACCAGACUUAGUUGCUGCAACAUAUAUUUCUUUACUUCCGUUAAAAUUAUCGAUUUGAAUAAUGCUUGCAUCAAAAUAUUUUUUAAAAAGUACUUUGGCUUGUGUAUGGUCUCAAACUCUGUACUUGGAGCAAAAUGCCCUUUUUUUUUGAAUAGGAAUAAUUUUGAUUCUGAAUGAUAUUUGACUGUUAUAAUGGAAUUAUUUGAAUAGUUUUUGGACCAAAAUGCUUUGUUAAUGAGUAGUUUUUUAUUUCGUAAACUACAUCAUAAUUAUUUGUGCUAAGGGGGUUGGGUGGCUGAAUGGUCUGCCAACGUGUGCAUUUUAGAUAACAAGGCCUGUCACUGAAUCAAGUGGUGUGGUUUUGAUCUACCACAGUGACAAGGAGUAGAAUCACCUGCCUAACCUUGUGGGUUUUCUCCUGGCCCCCAGUUUCCUCCCAAGUUCAUCUCUCUCUCUCUCUCUCUCUCUCUCUCUCUCCCCCUCCCUCCCUCUACCCCCUUCCCGUCCUCCUAAUUAUUCAUUUAUGUUGAGGCUUUAGUUAAACUCUAGAGAGUAAACUACAUGUAUAUAUUGAGUAUAUUCCACCCACCAGUUCCUGAUAUCUGAUAUAAUAUACAUGUAAGUAGACAAUCAUGUAGAUAAUUCAAUAGAAAUUGUUUAAUGACAUCUCAGAUGAUCGAAGAUAUCAUUACAUUAUUAAUGCUUUUGGAAUAAUGUUAAGGCAUGGUGUGCUGUUGUUGAUCAGGAUAUUUAAAUAAUUUAUCAAUGUUUGUUUCAAACAAUUGAUUGGAUAUUGUUUAUCUUAAGAAUAUUUCUAAUGAAAUUCAAUUUAGGAUAAUAAUAUAGUAAAGUAGUUCAUCCAAAUUGUGGUUUAUUUUUACCAUUUUAUAAUUAUAAUAAUAAAAGUAUACAGGUCAUAAGAGGCAUAUUACAGUGCAUGAUAAACUUGAAAUAUUUAAAUUCAAUGACAGAAUAUAUAUCUUUAAGCUGGAUGCACAUUUAAACAAAAUCAUGUACCUGCUGUUUUUCAUAUCAGUGUACACACUGUACACUGUGCAGUGAUAAAAAUGAUUAACUUUAAUUUAACUAAACAAUAAACACCAAAUAAAUAUUUUUUUUUUUUUUUUAUCAUUUAACUAAACGAGGCUGGAUUGCACCUCAGCGCAAGUGUCAUGUGACAUUCACAAUGGCAACCCACAUCGAAGUUACUUGUGCUGAUAGAUUUUACUUGUAUAAGAUGAAAAGAACUUGGGAAAUUAACUUAAAAUUACUGUAUGCUGUCAUUUUGAAAUCAUGUGAUAUUUCGGUGAUUUUAUCACCCAGUCCUGGUAAUAUUUGGUUGUUUUUUAUAUAUUUUUGUUCGACAGUAUGCGGUUAUGUUUCAGAUUUGUGAGUAGUACAUGAUAAACAAGAAACAUUAACUACACAAAUCUCUUUCUGUUUAUAGUUUAUUUGAAUCAGUGCAUACCUGGCUAUAUCUCUAUUUACUAUAAUAAAAAUUCAUUUAGUCUGUCACACUUUUAAUUAACGAAAAUUUGAUAUUCAUCAAAGUUAUACGACACACUAUAACCACCAUAAUCUAAAACUAGUAAUGAACUGUGAAUUUUACUUUACGAUUCUGUGAGAUAGCUUUAUUUAAAUUCCUCUUUCACCGAAGUGAUAUAUGGGACAAUAUCUUUACUACAAAAUUUAUAAUUUAAAAAAUAUUGGUCUGAUAUUAUUAGGCGCCUGCCUUCUGUGUUUCCGCUUUUUAAUGAUGAAAGUUUUAAGAUUUUUAUUGAAUUGUAUUGAAUUUUUCAAUUCAAUGAUGUUUCGGUGAUAAUGAUAAUUAUAUAGGUCAAAUAUACGUACCAGUAAUCUAAAAAAAAUAAAUAAAAUGAAAUGAGAUGGUGUUAACAUGCUACUGUUCUGCUCUGACUGGGCUAAUGAAGAAGGGCAUAUGCCAUACAGUGUGCUGUGCAGGGAAUUUUGCCCUUACAGUGGCACUACGGCUUAGUCUUGUAUCGAAUUCCAACUGUCAUGGGUUCUUUUACGUACAUGCCAAUGUGUACAUGGGACCUUGCUUUUUCAUCUCAUCUGAACGACUAUACCCAUUGACAUGCCAUCCGUCCAGCAUCACUGGCAAUUGGGAACCAUGCCAGAAAAUCUUGAUGAACUUUCUCGGUCAUCACAGGGAUCAAACACGGAACCUCCCCAUUAUAUGAGUCAGCCAACAUCUUACUCAAUGUGCCAUCAUGACAGGUAACUAACAUUGUUUGAGGUUUUGAACAUAGAUGUUUGGAUUCAUUGAGGCACAUAUAUGUAGGAGUAUGCAGUCAAACUGUGCAGAUGCUAAGAAUAGUGUAACAUUCUUUCAACUGUGUUCCAUUUGUUUGUUUGUAGUUGUACAAAUUUGAAUGGGAAUCUACUAUCCCUAAAAGUCGACUAUUGUUUCAUUUGUAUAGUGUUCGUACAAAUUUGAAUGGGAAGCUGCUGUCUCUAAAUAUUAAGCCUAAACAAGGUAUGAUCUAUAGUUUUAUUUUAUUGUAUAAAACACUGAUAACGUUUAAAUGUAGGUCUACGAAUAUGUUUAUAUACAGUAUAUACAAGUGUUUAUUUGAUAUCGACAGCUUUAAAUUGAAUGUUCAUUUUAAGCAAUCUUCAUAAUUGAAAUAUAAAAGCUGAAUAUAAUACAGCUCAAAUUGAUGAUGGUGUCGCAUGAAUAUCCAGUAUCUUUUGUAAAAUUAAGAACCCCACCAUUACUUAUUACAGUGUCAUGCACCAGUUUUGUUCAUUCCAAGAGUUAGAUCCCACAUAUACUUGAGUGUAAAUGGGAUCCCAUUCUAUAAAACCUGGUAGUCAGCAUUGGACCCAAUGAAGCUGGUAGUUGGGUGGGAUUCCCCUCCAUGAAGAUGGUAGUCAGCAUGGGAUCCUACUCUAUGAAGCUAGUAGUUGGGUAGAAUCCUUCUCAAUGAAGUUGAUGUGGUCAGCCUGGGAUCCCAUUCUUUGAAGCUGGUUAUCAGCAUUGGACCCAAUAAAGUCAGUAGUUGGGUUGGAUCCAACUCAAUGAAUCUAGUAGUCAGCAUGUGAUUCCCCUCCUUAAAGCUGGUAGCCAGCAUGGGAUCCCACUUUAUAAAGCUAGUAGUUGGAUAGGAUCCUACUCUAUGAAGCUAGUAAAUUCAGUGAAGCUAGUAGUUGAGUAGGAUCCUACUCAGUGAAGCAAGUAGUCAGGUAGGAUCCCACUAUAUAAAGCUAGUAAUCAGCAUGGGAUUCAACUCUAUAAAGCUCAUUGUCAGCCUGGAUUGCCACCACUCCAUGAAACUUAUAGCUGAGUGGGAUCCAACUCAAUGAAGCCGAUGGUCAGCGUGAGAUCCCACAUAAGCAUGGGGUCUUACUCUUUCAAACUGUAGUCACCCCAGAAUGUCAGCAUGGAACUCCGCCCAAUUCUACAUUAAUGUACCAUUUUCCUUGGAACUUGGGUUGGAUCCUACACAUCCACUACAGAACAACAUCAUUAUUCAUCCAUAGCUUGUACUGUCCAUUAGUACUUAGCUUUUCAAUGCAACCAACUUUGUUAUUUACUAUGUAUUAAAGGCAUGUAUAUGUAUAUCAUUUGCAAUAUUUUUCUUAUUUCCAUAAAUCUAUGUAUUUAUUAUUAAUAAUUAUAUAUCCAAUAUAUUUUAUUAUUAUAUCCAAUUUGUUAUUCAUGUCAUGUUCUAACAGACAGUUUAUAAAAUAUAAACUACUGUUAGUUCUUGGAAAUGGUUGUUAUGUGAAUUUAAAUUCAAUUUGUGUUGUAGCUGAAAUACUCACAGGGAAACUGUAUUGUCCAUUAUUGAAACCUUAUUUCAGUUGGACAGGUAAAAUAAAUGGAUUUUAGCCGUUUACAGAUUUUGAAAUGAAUUCACAAAUUGUUCUUUUGACCAUGACUAGGUGAAUGACAUAUAUAAACCAACUUAAAAUACAGAUGUGUCGUCAUCCCGUAGGUUAUGGUUAUUACGUUAUUCCCAAUUAAUAUGGUAUGGGCAAUGUUAUAAUCGGACAUUAUUUAGACAGGACUUCAGAAAUAUUGUACUUACGUGAUAAUUUCUAUGCACGUGGAAGUUAGUCAAUCUGUAUUUUAUGUUGCUUUGUAAAUGUUGUGUGCAAGACAUUGCAGUGGCAAUAUAUUAGUUAAUGUCAUGCUCUCAACCGUUAAAGCACACAUAUGAAAUCAUUAAAAUUUAAAGUAUUUUUAAUAAUCUAACAUAAUUAAUUAAUUAGCAUUUUUCAUAGUCAUCAUUUUUUAAAUAAUAUUCAUUUCAUAAAUUUACAUUUUUCUUACAUCAUUAUUUAAUUAGUUUAUGUAUAGUUAUAGAAUAACUUACAGUGUAUAUUUACACAGGUAGAUGUAUGUAUAUAUAUAUAUAAGUAAUACAGGUCAAAGCUUGCUCAAAGACUUGAAGCCAGGAGUUAAUUUAUGCUUUUAUCAAGGUAUCCAUUGUAUUGACAGAACAUAGAGAGAGAGAGAAAUGGGGUUUAAUGUCCACUCGACACAAACUAGGUUAUUUCGGGACUAACAUAUGGUUUAAUUUUAUUUCAAUAAUUUGCUUGCGCAUAGGGGUCUUUAGCAGUGAGAGGAAACCGGAGGACCCAGAGAAAACCCACGAGGUUGGACAGGCGACCCUACUCCUUGUCACGUACAACCGGGGAUUCGAAACCACGCUAGUCGACUCAAUGACAGACUUUAUGAUACAGCGCGCGCACGCUAACCAUUCAGCCAUCCAACCCCCCUUGACAGAACAUAAAUUCUGGACUAGGAACUGUUCCCCAAGUGCUACUGAUCUUCUUGUUCUUGGGGUGGGGGGGGGGGGCGCGUCACUCUUUAUAAAAGCCUAAGACUCUGCCAAUUCAUGUUUGAUCGGCAUGAAACUUGGCAUGCUUGUUCCUUGGACAAUUGUGCAUCGAUUGAAGGACUUCGAUUUUUGAUAUGACAUCACAAUUCCAAGAUGGCUGCGAUGACGUGAUAGUUAGUUCCUGGUCUAUAGUACUCUUGUGUUUUUUAUUGAAACAAUCACUGGUUUUAUUAUAUAAGCACAAGAUUUGAUACUUCUGUAAUAAAAUCAGUGAUUGUGUCACAAAAAUAAUUAUGUUCUGUUAAAGAUGCAUUAUGUAAGACCUAAAUCUGCCUAUUGCAAGUCUUUUUUUUCGGGUGGGGGGGGCUUUAAAUGUUAUAUAAAAUACUAUUUAAACAUUUAUUAACAUGACAAGCCUAUAAUCAAAUCUCCGGAUAAUCUGAAGACUCUGAUUUUAAGUAGAUUAGAACACUGCCAUCAUUUAAGAGUUUAAUGAUAAAAUAGGUUACAAUAUUAAACAAUCUAUGCUACAUUUUGUCAAAACUUUAAACAUCUAUAACUUUGAACAGAAUAAAUUAUUAUCUAAACAUUAUCAUGACCAGCUCAUAAUCAAAUCUCUGGGUCAUCUGAAGGCUCCUAUUUUAAGUAGAUAAGAACACUGCGGCCAUUUAAGAGUUUAACAAUAAAAUAGGUUAUGAUAAUAAACAAUCUACGCUACAUUUUUUCAAAACUUUAAACAUCUAUAACUUUGAACAGAAUAAAUGAUUAUUUAAACAUUAUCAUGACCAGCCCAUAAUCAAAUCUCUGGGUCAUCUGAAGGCUCCUAUUUUAAGUAGAUUAGAACAAGCUGCGGUCAUUUAAGAGUUUAACAAUGAAAUAGAUUAUGAUAAUAAACAAUCUAUGCUACAUUUUGUCAAAACUUUAAACACUCAUAACUUUGCGCAGAAUAAAAUAUUGAAACUUUCAAAAUAUUCAUUUUUCAUUCUCUAUGGUUAAACUAUUAGAGCAUGAAUGGUCAGCUCUGUAUCUAAAUCUUGCACAAUGCAUCUUUAAUAUGCUUCUCAAUUACUAAAUGCCACUUAAGGACUAUAUCCAUUGUAAGGUAAUAAUUAUGUUACAGUGUGUAUCAUAUCUUGAACUGGGGAGUUGGAUGGCUGAAUGGUUAGCACGUGCACGCUG